AGGGAAAAAACUGUCUUAAGUGUUUAAACAUGUUGGACCAUGCUUGCAUCCGUCCGCAGCGAUGUGGGUUUUUUUUCCUUGUCCCCUCCCUCUCUUCCCUUUUCUUUUUACCAAAGUAUAUUCAUCAAACUGCUGAGUUGGAAAGAUUCGUAAUGAGUUUUUGAGCUGUACGACUGUGUUUUUUUCCCUCUCCCCCCGCCCGCUCCCUCUUUCUAAAUCUUCAUCUGACAUUAAAUAAAGCAAAUCCCAAACAGAUUAACUGUCGCAUGGUUCUGCUCCGUCUCCUCAGUCUGUCUCCAGGUCUGGCGGGGGGCCUGGCGGCGGGAGAUGCCCGGGCGGCCCGCGGAGGUCGAUGUGGCGCUCUAGGUGGGAUGCCGGCAUCCUGAAGGCCGAGGCCCUGGCCCUCCUGCCCUGCGGCCUGGGCAUGGCGUUCUCGCAGUCCCACGUGAUGGCGCGGCGCCACCAGCACAGCCGGCUCCUCAUCGAGGUGGACGAGUACAGCGCCAACCCCACCCAGGCCUUCACCUUCUACAACAUCAACCAGGGCCGCUUCCAGCCAAUCUCCCACAGGGACGGCUACCAGCCGCCGCAUGUGCAGAUGGUGGACCCAGUGCCUCAUGACGCCCCCAAGCCGCCCGGGUACACCCGUUUCGUCUGUGUCUCCGACACCCACUCGAGGACGGACCCCAUCCAGAUGCCCUACGGUGAUGUGCUGAUCCACGCGGGGGACUUCACGGAGCUGGGGCUCCCGAGUGAGGUGAAGAAGUUCAACGAGUGGCUCGGCAGCCUGCCCUACGAGUACAAGAUCGUGAUCGCCGGCAACCACGAGCUGACCUUCGACCAGGAGUUCAUGGCCGACCUCAUCAAGCAGGACUUUUACUACUUCCCGUCUGUGUCGAAGCUGAAGCCGGAGAACUACGAGAACGUGCAGUCGCUGCUCACCAACUGCAUCUACCUGCAGGACUCGGAGGUCACCGUGCGGGGCUUCAGGAUCUAUGGCUCCCCGUGGCAGCCCUGGUUUUAUGGCUGGGGCUUCAACCUCCCGCGAGGCCAAGCCCUGCUUGAGAAAUGGAACCUCAUUCCUGAAGGCGUGGACGUCCUGGUAACCCAUGGACCGCCGCUGGGCUUCCUGGACUGGGUGCCCAAGAAGAUGCAGCGGGUGGGCUGCGUGGAGCUGCUUAACACAGUGCAGAGGCGCGUCCAGCCGCGGCUACACGUCUUCGGCCACAUCCAUGAAGGGUACGGUGUCAUGGCGGACGGGACGACCACCUAUGUGAAUGCGUCUGUGUGCACUGUGAACUACCAGCCUGUGAACCCACCCAUAGUCAUUGACCUCCCCACACCUCGGAACUCCUGACUGCUCCCCGCUGCCCCAGCCCUGCCCACCCACAUCAGCUACAGAUGCCUGGCCGAGAGCACGGACCCCAGCCACCCUUCUUCCAUGCAGGACAACCCAGACGACCAGUCUGGCUGCAGGGACUGGUGCAGGAGAUGGGCUGUGGCCUUGGAAUAAAGAAGACACCUUUGACUCUUCAUCUCUGCCACCUGGAUUGGGCCCUGCACAUCCCCAUCUGGGGCCCCGAACCCAUUGCCGUUGUGACAUCCCACGUGUACCUCCUUGAAGGACUGCAAGCUUGCGGGCCCGCCUUGCUUGGGCAGUGGCCAAGUCUCCAUCCUUAACAACUGGACCCCUUUCUGGUUUGAGAAGCCACUGCCACUGGUCGGGUGUUAGAAGUUCUCACACAAAGUCUCUUUCUACUCAGGGGUCUGGGUGGCCGCCAGCCCCAGGGUUAGGAGGUGGGUGGGAGGAUUUGUGCCCCGGGCACAGACAGCCCUUCUUGUCUGCCCAGGCUAGAGGCCCUCUGAGGGAGUGAUCAGGACAUCUCAGGAAUUCGGGCCACCCCAGCCAGGCCCACAAGUGGUUCACCUUGUGUUGUCCCCUUCUCUUCCUGUGUGUGUUUUCACUGACUUAAACAUGGCCUGGGUGUCCCAAGCUUUCACCUGGAGCCAGGAUUUGGGGGUUGGUUCGACAGCUAGUGGCUCCCAGUCAGGGGGCCACCCUUGGUCCCACAGGGACUGUGCUUCUCUGUGAAGCUCAACACCUAAGGUCUGCAGGCUGAGGCUGUGGCACCCUAUUGUGUGCACACCCACAGGUGUGCAUGUGCGUGCAAACCCACAGACACACACAGCCCCCUCUUAACGAAGUGACCCUGUGUUUCUCUGAUUGUUCUGUUCCUGGUUUGGUUUCCCGGGCACCACCAGGAUUUUAUCUGGCACACCAGCAGCCUAAGGAGCCCGAAGGGUUCAAAUCCUGGUGGUCCUGGCACCAGCUGGCCCCAUGAGCAAGAGAGUGGCCUGGGCUCGGAGUUCCACCAUGGGAGCUUCUUUUCCUUCUUUGAAUUAGGGCUGGUGGUGGAAGCUGGAUCUGGGCAGUGUCGCUGAGGGAAAAGGAUACAGCCGGGCCUGGCCUGGGUGAGGCGGUACAGAGUCAGAUCGUCUUUAUUUAAAAUGUUGCUCAUUUGUUCAUUAUGGAUUUUUUUUUUUUAUAAUCAUUUUGGUAUUUAACAACGUCACCUUCCAAUAGCAUUAUUUGUCCUGGUCACCCCUUCACUUUGUACACGGGGAGGAGGACUUCACUUCCUCACCAGGGAACUGACCGCCACUGAGCUCUUUUGCAGAUAAAAUCUCAUUUCAUCCUCAGAUGGUCCUGCAAGGUAGGUGCUGUUGUCCCCAUUUUAGAGGUGAGGAGACGGAGGCAGAGAAGCGAGGUUUCUUGCCUGUGGAUGCACAGCACAAAGGAGGCAGAGUCAGGCUUCGAACCUCUGUCUCUGGCUUUGCAGCCCUCCCUCCGCCACUACCCAAAGUCCUGUCCCUAUAAAGCAAUGCAUGGUCUAAGGCUCUGGUUUCAUUUCCCCCUAAGAGUCCUGUUCAAAACCGGGGCUGCUGGGCCAUGGAGAGCCCGUGGACCUCCGCGGGGUCCUGAGUGCUGAGCGGCCUCCCGCACCCCGGGAGGCCAAUGUGUCCCUGUGUGUGACAGAGCUGGUUCACGUGGGAGAGGCGG